UUUUUUUUUUUUUUUUUGCCCUCCUCUAUCAUGGCGGCGAUGGAGGCUUUCAUUUAAGGGCUGACUGGAAAAGCGUUGCGCGCGCGCGCGCACACACGCACGCAUAUACCUACAUAUGCACAAACACGCAUAUAUACAUAUAUAAACCUUCAUCCAAGCGCGUGCAUGUAUAUAUCCUAACGCGGCCCCGCGGCACGGACAUAUUCCUCUUGGCUUUGACCCAGCGCUCUUCCCCGCCGUCCUCGUGAGACUCGGGUAAGCAAAACAAAAACACACUCCGGAGGGGCGGGGCGGAGGGGGAAAGAGCCGAGCGCCUCAGUCUCCUCGCGCGCGAGGUCACCGUAUGGGCGGUUGGGCGACCUGCUUUGGGCGCGCGCUCCGGGCGGUUGGCGGCAGCCCCUUAUGAGGUGGGUGGGGAGGCGGUCACUUCUUCCACCCCUUCCCUACCGCCGCCUGGCUUCUCCUUUAAAACACACACAAAAUAUUCACCGCAAAUGUUGUGGUGGUUUCUGCCCACCCCACCCUCGUCCCGUGUAGAGUCGUCUUCUUCAUAGGCUCCCCACCCCACCCCCUACUUGAGGUUGGUGUUUCCCUCAUGGCCUCUCGUCUCCUCACCCGCGUCCCUUAUCCUCGGUUCACGUGCGUGAAAGGCGGGACUUUUCCCGGCACUUGCGCCUUCGGGCGGUUUCUCUUUUGAAGGGCAAACUAAUUCCCCCUCCUCCCGUCAAGGAAAGGGGGGACCGGCUGAGGUGGGGGGAGUGUUGCGUGUUGUGUUUGUGGUUUGGGUUGUUUCUCCCCAUGUUUUCCCGUCGCUCUCGAGUUUUUAAUAAGGUGGUCAGGGAAUGCAGUGCCAGCCCUCUCCCCACCCCCCUCUUUUAAAUAGUUAUAAAAAUGUAGGUUGGCUAUUGGCGGUCCGUAGGAGCGCCCCCCCCCAUGCGUGGCGUGAAAUCCUAGUUAUCUCCCCUGUGUUUGAAGCGGUUGAAGGACAGGCCCCUCCUCCCGGGGACUGAGCAGGGUCAGCGUUGUUGACAAUGGUGUGCCCUGUCAGCUGCCAGAUCUCUUCUGCUCCCAGAGAGAGCUGCUGCUGAUUGCUGCUGUUGCUGCUGCUGGAGGAGGAGGGGUGUGUGAACGUGCUCGUGCUUGCGUGCACUUGUGCUGUUUUUUCUUCUCGUUAGCAUCUCCCUGCUUUACAGCUGCAUUUCCUCAACAGUUGGUAAGAAUGGCGUUCUUUGCAUGGGUGUGAUGAUGGGAGGAGGAAAGGCAGCACCGAUGCUUGGUGCUCUUUCAAAUUUAUCCUUACGAGAGAAGGCUGUGCUUAAACCCUUGUCCUAUGUACUGUCUACUGCUAUUGUUUGUGAGCUGGCAAACCUUCACAUUCAGCAGUACAGUACAGUACCUUCUUAGAACUCCAGAGUUGUCUGUACUUGCUGAAACUUUCUGAAAAGUGAUAUAAUCUUUCAUUCGUAUGUUUGCUUAUAUGUACUGUUGUGACACAUUUCUUUUGGAUGGAUUUUGCUGAUCAACAUCUUGCUUUGAUUUUUUUUUUAACCCACACAUACCUAGUUAGGUGUGCUUCUAACAUUGCUCAUCACUGUAGUUAUCUUGAGAGUACUGUAUUGUUCUCAGAGGUUUGCUCAGUCUUUCUGCUUACUUUGCAUUUGUGAAGGAGACUUUGAAAAUACGACUUUUACUCUUUAACAUUUUAAUUGCUCAUAUUAAGAAAUGUACUUUCAGGGCACAUGGAUACAUUAUUGAAUUGAUGUGGGUUAGAUGUAUGGAAAGGAGAGUUCAAAGUAUGGAAAACAUGAAACCUUCGUGGGAGAUAAUUCAGUUAAAUCCAUUGAAAGCGUCUCUUGUUUAUUGUGGCAGUAUAAAGUUAAACUAAAACCACAGCUCAGAUAAAGUACUAAGGCUUUUGUUCCACCACCCCACCCCACCCCACUGUUUCAGUCUUUUGAGAAAAUGGUGUAACUAUGAUAGAUACACUUCAAUUUUCAAAAUUCCACAGAACCAGAUGUUCAUAGAUAAAUGAAGUAAUUCUUGAAUGUCAGUUACUGCAAUGCUGCAGUAAACAUGGAUAGUAUUUUACAAACUUCUGCCUAUAAUUUUUCCCUGGUAUGUAAUGUGCAGAGGUAAAACUUUAAAAUGAAAUAAAAUUUGGAAGGUGAACUGCACUGGGGGCGGGGGGGGGGAGCUAGAUAUGCAAUGCAGAUAAGUUGUUUUUGAAAUAGGUGUCUUCAAUAUAUACAUAUCCUUGUGGAAAAUUCCCAACAAGCUCAAAGCUCACCUAACCAAACUAACUUUGUAAUCUAAUGUCAAGUGUGCAAGUCAUGUUAAGCCACAAGGCUAAAUAGCUAUCAUGUGGUUUAGUUCUGGAUUGGAAGACUUAAAUGGAUGAGAACUGGCCUUCUUUGCACAUCAGACUGAACCAUAGUUUAACUGCUGUUGUUGAAUGUGGAGGAGCAGUAUGAUAGCACAUGCUACUGAAGUAGCAAGAGCUUUGUUCCUUCCCUGCUCCUGCUGCUGCCACACUGACAGGAAACAAGGCAUGAUCUGGCUUGUCAUCACCAGGCUUAUGGUUUCUUUGCACCAGAGAAUUGUAGAGUUGGAAGGGACCAUGAGGGUCAUGUAGUCCAACUCUCUGCAGUGAAGGAAUCUUUUGCCCAACGGGGGCUCAAACCCACAACCCUGAGAUUAAGAGUCUCGUGCUCUACCAAUUUAGCUAUCCCAGGCAUCCCAUGUAUCAAACACACUUUUGAGAACACUGCUUUUUCAUAUUAGGAAUGUAGGAAACUGCCUUAUACUGAGUCAGGCCACUGAGCCUUCAAGCUUGCUAUUGUCUACAUUGACUAGCAGAAGCUUUUCCAGAUUUCAGACUGGGGUCACUCCCUGCCCCACCUGGAAUUGAGGACUGAACCCGGGAUUGUGAACCAUGUCAGUGACAGGUACACAAAAGGGGGCAACUUGUUGCAAACUAAGUUUGCUAUUGUGACUUUUUAAAAUUAUGGUGAAUGAUUUGGGUGAUUUAUAUUCUGCUUAAUUGUAAAACAGAAUAGACUUCAAAGCUGUGUCUUAGGACACUGAAGUCUUGCAUAAUGCUUCAGGGUCUCUGGUAAGCCUUCAUAUUCUAGACAAUAAAAAAGCAUUAAAAGUGUAAGUAGCAGUGCUUGACUCCAAUUGAAUCAAAUUAUACAUCUACAAAAUUAUAUGGUGAAAUGUAAACAGUCUUAAGAGUAUCACAGUUUUGAAGCAAUUGCGUAUUACAUAUUUAUUAAUUUUUUUAUUACAUUUGUGUUCCACCUUUCUUCCAAGGAGCCUAAGUGGCAUACAUGGUUCUCUUUUUUUAAUCCAUACAACAACCCUGUGCAGUAGGUCAGUCUGAGAGACAGACUGGCUGAAGAUUAUUCAGUGAGCUUUAUGGCAGAUUUAAUUCUUAUGAAACAAUAAAGUCUUGUGGCUCUUUAAAGACCAACAAACUUGUUUAUGGUAUAAACUUUUGGGAACUACAGUCCACUUCAUCAGAUGCAUGGAAUGCUACCCCAAGUUAGCAAGUACACCCAUGUUUAUUAUACCUGCCAACUUGGAAAAACAUUCCAUAUAUCCGAUGGAGUGAACUGUAGCCUAUGAAAGCUUAUGCCUUCAUAAAUUUGCUAGUCUUUAAGAUGCCACACGACUCUUAGUUGCUUUUGCAACUAAGACUAACAUGGUUACUCCUUUGGGGUUGAAAUAUUUUUGUGGUAAGUGCAAACAUAGCAAAGCCCUUUUAUAAGAGGAUUAUAACUGUUUAUUCAUUGUUAACCAUUGCUUUUCUGUAUAAUUGAUAUGUAAUCCAUUUGUGGAUUAGGAUCACUCGAAGCAUCUGGAGAUACCCAUCCGACUGACUCGAUUUUUCCAAGCAGCUCAAAGUCAAAUGGAUAAUGAAAGAUUUUAGUGUUUGAUUUGGUGUGCAAGGAGAUGCUGCCCAUAAAUUCACUUAUAUAUUGUAAAUUUUACUUAGCUAACUUCAAUGUCUUGGAAUGGAUUCCAUGGUUGAAAUGGGGAGGUAGCAAUCUUAAUUGCUUUCUCUAAGGUCAGGGCUGAACAUAUAAUGCAAAUUCUUCUUAAAAGCAUAGAUACCUGUUGAUCUUUUAGCAGAAAUCCAAAGGCCACAGUUGAAAAAUAUCUUUAUUUGGAUUUAAAAUGUCAAAAGUGUCACUACUUCAUUACAUUUUAGUUGAUUCUAUUUCAGAUACUAUCCUAUUGUGGCUCUUGCAAAUUCUUAGGUACCAGAAACACAUUUUAGGUGCUUGCUUCUUCCAGUUCAAUGGUAUAUUAACUUGUUUUGAACAUUAUGAUUUUCUCUUGCACUUUGCAGAAUAUACACUGACUGUGUUUUACUACAUUUCCGUUUUCUUAUCAGCCCUGGCCAGAGCAACAUUUGAGAGGGCACAUAGGUGGCAGACUACAUUUUUAUUUCCUCCUCCCGCUGAAAGUAGCCUAUUGGCAAGUCCCAUUGCCACAUCUACUGUAAUUCUGUUCUUCCAUCCCAGAAGUAGUAUUACAGUGGUACCUUGGGUUAAGAACUUAAUUCGUUCUGGAGGUCUGUUCUUAUCCUGAAACUUUUCUUAACCUGAAGCACUACUUUAGCCAAUGGGGCUUCGCGUUGCCACUGCACGAUUUCUGUUCUCAUCCUGAAGCAAAGUUCUUAACCUGAGGUACUAUUUCUGGGUUAGCGGAGUCUGUAACCUGAAGCGUAUGUAACCUGAAGCGUAUGUAACCCGAGGUAGCACUGUAUAGUGGUGCAUACAGCAGGAGUUGACAGCAUUUUGCCACAAAAGGUGUUACAUUUGUUUCAUAACUACAAUAAUGUUGUUUUUUUCAAAUCUUUUCCUUGCUUUUUUUAACAUGAUUCAUAGCUAUUAAAAAAGUUACUCAGCAAGGGCUUCAGACAUGGGAAAUAGCCUGCAAAGGAUUCCAGGUAUACUAAAUAAUAUGAAAAGAGGUGAGGCUUCCUGAGUUGUCUAAAAGUGGUAGUGUUCUACUUACAAAAAUGAAUUAAUUCUAAAAGUUAGAAACUGAUGCUGCCCAAUAAACAGCUUUACCUUUUACUUAUAGAGAGGCUGAAUGAAUUAUAUCUGUUAGAUUUUACACUACAAGAUAUGGCAGUGAUGACUGUAUCUGAACAAUAAUAAUAAUAAUAAAAAUUUUUAUUUAUAUCCUGCCCUCCCCAGCUGAAGCCGGGCUCAGGGCGGCUAACAACAAUAAAACUGUAUAAAAGUACAGCAUAAACAACACUCUAAAAUCAUUCAUUAUAAAAUUAAUUAAUUCAAGCCACUGGCAACCAUUGGGCCAGAGCUCCGCGAAGAUUGCCGAGGGAGGGAGUCAGGCUGUGCCCUGGCCAAAGGCCUGGUGGAACAGCUCUGUCUUGCAGGCCCUGCAGAAAGAUGUCAAGUCCCGCAGGGCCCUGGUCUCUUGUGACAGAGUGUUCCACCAGAUCGGAGCCACAGCCGAAAAGCCCUGGCUCUAGUUGAGGCCAGCCUAACUUCUCUGUGGCCUGGGACCUUCAAGAUGUUUUUAUUUGAAGACCGUAAGUUUCUCUGUGGGGCAUACCAGGAGAGGCGGUCCCGUAGGUACGAGGGUCCUAGGCCGUAUAGGGCUUUAAAGGUUAAAACCAGCACCUUAAACCUGAUCCUGUACUCCACCGGGAGCCAGUGCAGCUGGUAUAGCACCGGGUGAAUGUGAUCUCGCAGCGAAGACCCCAUAAGGAGUCUCGCUGCAGCAUUCUGCACCCGCUGGAGUUUCUGGGUCAGUCUCAAGGGCAGCCCCACGUAGAGCGAGUUACAAUAAUCCAGUCUGGAGGUGACCGUCGCGUGGAUCACAGUGGCUAGGUCAGGGCGAGAGAGGUAAGGAGCCAACUGCUUAGCUUGGCGGAGAUGGAAAAAUGCCGCCUUUGUUAUAGCUGCAAUCUGCGCCUCCAUGGAAAGGGAGGUGUCGAAGAUUACACCCAAACUCUUAACGGACGGUGCUGGCACUAAUUGCGCCCCCCCAAGAAAUGGGAGUGGCCCCCCCACCCCAUAUCGCCCCGCCCCAGCCACAGGACCUCUGUCUUCGAAGGAUUUAGCUUCAACCGGCUCCCACGUAACCAUCUAGCCACAGCUUCCAAACAUCUGGUCAGUGUGUCUGGGGCCGAGUCAGGAUGGCCAUCCAUCAACAGAUAGAGUUGGGUGUCAUCGGCAUACUGAUGGCAACCCAGCCCAAAACUCCGAACAAGCUGGGCGAGGGGGCGAGGAACAAUUGUUUUCAAGUAGUGUCUCUGAAGGGCAUUUGACAUGACAAAAGAGGGAAGUCACAUUUUAAUUUGUCAUUGAAUUCUGAAACAUCUCUUUAAAAAACGGUCAGGGAGCUACUAUUUAAAUUUCCCUCAAUGAGUCCAAAGUAGUGUCACUGAAUUAAUUGUGGAAAUUCAACCAGAAUUAAUUCAGUUCUACUAUGAUCAAAUAAACCUGCAGAAAUGUGCAUAAACUUUCAAAAUAACUACUGAUAUGAUUCUUUCAGAACCUUAGUAAUUUUGAAUACACUAGUUAUGUAGCAGUGUUCUGGAUCUUCCUCUUCUUUCUCUCUGGGGAAGAAGUAGAAUAUUUAUUUCAUAGAAUCAUAGAAUCAUAGAGUUGGAAGAGACCACAAGGGCCAUCGAGUCCAACCCCCUGCCAAGCAGGAAACACCAUCAGAGCACUCCUGACAUAUGGUUGUCAAGCCUCUGCUUAAAGACCUCCACCUGCUGUGUGUUUCUGUAGUUUGUGCAACUGUUGUUUGACAUACCAUAGGAAUGUUUGAAAAGCAACUUGCCAAUGGGCUACUUUCAGUGGGAGGAAGAGAUAUGGAUUUAACCUGCCACCUAUGUACCCUCUCAAAUGAUGCUCUGUCUGGCCGGUGCUGAUAAGUUCUGGCACAAUUGCAUUUUGUAUUUUGUCUGUCUUGCAUGUGUGUACAUAAUCUGAAUAUGAUUCCAAUUACGUUUUUUUCAUUUUGAUUCUUCAUUUUUCAGAUCUUAAACAGAGAAAAUUACAUAGCUCAUAAUCCUGUGGGGCAUUGGAAGCCAACCAAAUGGCAUCUUCUACUACUGUGCCUGUAGGUUUUCACUAUGAAACAAAAUAUGUUGUCCUCAGCUAUUUGGGUCUCUUGUCACAAGAAAAGCCUCAGGAGCAGCUCUCUCUGCCAACUCAAGGUAAUGCUUUCAUUCUACUCUUGUAUGCAAUACUCUUAUAUACAAUUGUAUACAAUUUGGUAUUAUAUAGUUUUAAUAUUUAAAAAUGUGAAUGCACAUAAGGGGUUUGGGGUUUUUUUUUGUCAAAUGAUAAAAUAACACACCAAAAACACAACAUGCUCUGGAGAAUAAUGAAAUAACACAGUUUUUACAUAAGUUUUAAACUUAUUAAAUGAUAUUGUUUUUAUUUCUGUGUAUUUAACUUUUCUGAAUAAUCUGAUUAGUAUGAUACAAUUCAUGCGCAUUCAGACUGGUCUUUGAUCCUCAAAAUAAGUGUAGUUAAGUUCACAGGUCACACCUAACUUAUCAAGUAGGUUGCAGUAAAAGCAAGAAUUGGCUUUUAACAAUAGAAAACAAAUUAUUCAAGUAAUACUAAACUUCAGCAUAUUUUUAGCUACAACUUUGCUCUGGAAAAUAAUUUCCAGAGCUUUUUCCAGCUUUGUCCCAAUUAUUAGCUUUUUAUAUACAGUCGUACCUCUGGUUACGUACUUAAUUUGUUCCAGAGGUCCUUUCUUAAGCUGAAACUGUUCUUAACCUGAAGCACCACUUUAGCUAAUGGGGCCUCCCGCUGCUGCCGCGCCACCGGAGCAUGAUUUCUGUUCUCAUCCUGAAGCAAAGUUCUUAACCCAAGGUACUAUUUCUGGGUUAGCGGAGUCUGUAACCUGAAGCGUAUGUAACCUGAAGCGUAUGUAACCCGAGGUACCACUGUACACUACUAUAUAAUUGAUCUAUUACUUCUGUGUGAAAACUCUUUAUAUUAUAACAUUUUCAAUGGAAUCUGAUUCCUAUAUAAAUGUUAGGAUCAUUUCAGUAUUUUCCCCAAAUAACUUGCAUCUAUUUGCUCUUUAAUUGUCAGUUGGUUCACUUUUUAUAUCAUUCUGUGCAAUAUUUUAAUUAAGGUUUAGAACUUAUGAGGUUUAUGGUAAUAUAUGCUUGCCUGCCAAUUUAUAAACAAGUGGGCCAGCAGAAUAAAGUCAUUGCCUACCCUCUCUCUUUUCUCCUUUUCUCUGAGUUGUGUCCCCAAGUUCUGUGUGUAGGAGAUCUAUGUGUAUUUUUUGAGGCUGGAAGAACUUCUACCAUUAACUGUCAACAAACAGUGGCAGAAGCAGCACAGAGAGCUUGUUUCUUACCUGCCGCCUCACAGUUAUCGCUUAUGUCUUGUUGGUAUUUGCAUUCUACCCUGUAAUAAAAUUCUCAGGGCAUUUUUGAUUCGGUGGGGGAAAACAACUUAGCUUGAACAGUAGGUUUGCCCUAGUCAGCGCCGCAAAGAAGUGGCUGCAAUUGAAACAUAAGUAGGUUUCUCUGAGGUAACUAUAACAUUGCCAAUUCAAUGUUCAAGUGUUGAUUUUCUGCAUCUUCAAUUUGAUAAAAGAUAUUUUUACUCUCUAACCUUUUACAAAUACAGUCAAACCUCGGUUUUCAAACAUCUCAGCUGCUGAACAUUUCAGAAGCCAAACACCAAAAACCUGGAAGUGAAUGCUUCUGUUUUCGAACGCACCUCGGAAGUCGAAUGGCUGCCAAGGCUCGUUUCUCUGUUUUUUCAAUUGAAUUCUCAAUUGAAUUCUCCGACAGCCUCAGUUGUCAAAUGUUUUGGAAAUCGAACAGUCUUCCGGAAUGGAUUAUGUUUGACAACCGAGGUUCCACUGUGCUAAUGUUUGUAUACAGCACUGAUUACAUCCACCUUACAGCCAGUCUCCCCCCUCCCCCACUGUUUCAGUUGCCUCUCGAAACACUCACUCAUUUUGGCAUCCACUUUGAUUUUUUGACAAAGUCAUAGGGGAGCAAGGCAAUAUUAAUUUAGGAAUACUAUCGAAUUGUGAACCUGAUUCUUCAGAUGCAGUGUGUGAUUUGGACUGGUGUAGUCUGGCAAAAGCCAGUGUUCCUUAGAUCUCCAAUCAACCUCUUGUCUCAAUCUGGAUUCAGUUUUGGGUUCUUGAUUGUAGUGGCCUUUGUUUUGAACUCCCCAGUUCUAUUAAGGGGUUUUGUAUUACCACUGGAAAUUCAGUAUUAUUCCAAUUCAAUAUUAUAUCUAGUAAAGAAAAUAUUUUAUUUAAAUUAGUAUGCACUACUAUCCUAUAAGGACGCGGGUGGCGCUGUGGGUUAAACCACAGAGCCUAGGACUUGCCGAUCAGAAGGUCGGCAGUUUGAAUCCCCGUGACAGGGUGAGCUCCCGUUGCUCAGUCCCUGCUCCUGCCAACCUAGCAGUUUGAAAGCACGUCAAAGUGCAAGUAGAUAAAUAGGUACCGCUCCGGCGGGAAGGUAAACGGCGUUUCUGUCCACUGCUCUGGUUCGCCAGAAGCGGCUUAGUCAUGCUGGCCACAUAACCCGGAAGCUGUACGCCGGCUCCCUUGGCCAAUAAAGCGAGAUGAGCGUCGCAACCCCAGAGUCGGUCACGACUGGACCUAAUGGUCAGGGUCCCUUUACCAUCCUAUAGGAGGAAAAUGAUUCUCUUUUGUGCUUUAUUCACAGUACUGUAUACCGUUGAAAUGGGGCACAUUGUUUUACAGAUUACCACUGAGAUACCUUUCCGUAAUGUACUUGUCAGAACCACUAAUAACAAGAAUACAGUAAUUUGCAGUCCGUGGAGCUUAGGAGAACUGUUCUGAGAAACCAUCAAUGUCUUCCCUUCCCUGCCCACAAAGUACAGCUGAAUUUUGCUUCCUGUACAGUCUGGCAGUGUUGCUUUUGGAUCAGCCAGAAAUCAUCACUUGAGAAAAAUAUAUUGUGCUUUGUUUCUCUGGAAGGGGCAGACAUUUAAAUUGUUUUCUUCUGAUUAUUUACAAAGAGCUGUGGAAAUAAAGAGAAGGAUAAAACUACUUUUCUAUUUAUGAAUAACUUAGUUAAAUAGUGUCAGGAAUUAGACAGGUUUCCUGUUGUUGUCUGUCAAGUCAAAUCAGUUAAUAUUUGCUGUAUUGUCUCCUGUAGACACUCUGAAUAGUGGCUGUUUUUUAUUCAUUGGCAAUACUGAAUGGUUGAAUGUGAAAGCACUGAGGAUACAACAUUAGGUAUCUAAAUAGUAGUCCUGUGUGCUUUAAAGGAUUGAAAUUCCUUGUCAUUUUUUCAGCAUGGUUUCUUAUGAAGUAUGACAGCUUGCCAUGUGUGAUCACCAUCACUCAAGUUCUGUGGGAAACAGGUGCUCUUCUCAAUGGAUUCCUUCUCAUUUGGGCAGGGCAAGUCUUAACUGAGAAGUCUAGAUUUGAGUUUUCUUUAUGUAACUGUAAUUCAGUCUUUCCUGAUGGGAGGUAUUAUACAACUAGUUAAACUGUCAAAGUACCGUAAGUUUCUCUGCUUUCCAGACGAAACACUUUCUUUAAUGUGAUUUUAUAAUUGUGGUACUUCUGAUAGAAGCCUACUUACCUCCAGGUCAAAACUCCAGAGGCACAUCACUAACAACACCUAGGAAUCAUUUCUUGUCUCAUCCCAUCCUAUAUCAUCAUUUGGACACAGGACAUUUUGGUGGUUGUUCCCGGGGGUGUUUAUGCUUUUUCAUACGUUGUUUGUGCAAGUACAGCAGGAAUUGCAAGUUGAUGUGAUCAGAUAAGUGUGGUAUAACUUAAAGGGGAAUAGAAUUGAUUCUACUUACUGCUCUUGCCACUGCUGUUAUUUUUUGAGUUGGAACCAAGUUCCUCUCCCUAGCAGCAACUAAUUAAGUGCCCUGGAGAGCAGUCAGCAAUUUUUAUUUCUCAAUUUUCUAUCUCCAUUUUUGUAGGAAGAGGGGAGUAACAUUUCUAAAACUGGGGCAAAAAGAGUUAAUGGAAUAAAAAAUUUCAAGUGGGUAAAAUGAGAUGUGGCUGUUAGAAAACUUCCGUUUGCAGGGGGAAAUGUAUUUCUUCUUGAAGGACAAAUAUAUUGGCAUGAUAUACUUAUAGGAGUAGGGAGAAGGGAUGUGUUGUCCCGGAAGCUUGCCUCUUAAGCAUCACAUGAUUUGUCAGUUUGGUUGACUCUUGGCAUAUAAAUUGAGCAAGUGAAUCUGUCCCUGUGGUAGCGUGUGUGCUAUACUAAUUCUCCUGUCACAUUCCACAAAAUCAUUUCUGGAAACGGGAAGAGAAGCUCAUUAGAGGCCAUCUAAAUUCCAUAAUAUCAAUAUUAAAAUCUGUUAGAAGAAUAUGGUAUUCAAAUAAAGACACUUAAGUAUCUGGGUUUCUCUAGUGAAGAGGGAGUGAGUGCAUACAGUUUUAUUUGUCUGAUUAAACUAUUUGUUUUGUGAGUCUAGUAGCAAAAACUCCAGCAUCCAUAAAAAUGAAAGAAAAACAUUUUUUCAUGUAUUAACUUGAAGUGGAGUUCUGAAUUAAUUAAACAAAUGGUCUGCAAACAUUUUUGCAUGGUGUGGACAUUAAAAUAAGCCACAGUUUACCUUAAACCUUGCUUUAAUAAUUUCUUCAAGCAAACCAUGUGGUAACUUUGGUUUAUUUCUGGCUUACUUCUUGUAGUUUGUUUGAAACAGAACAUGGUCUAGGUUUGAAUCCUAUAUCAAACCAUACUAUGGCUUGUUUGAGCCAUGCAGGCAUCAUAUGGUGGGUGGGGGAGUCAUGUGGGGACCUGCAUGGCAGGAGACACAAAUUCAUGUUUAAACCAUAGAUAAAUGCAACCAAGGCCACAAAGUAUAGGAAAACAUCUCCAAAAUUAGAAGACAACUUUCUUUCAACAGAUUUUGCUGUUUAGAACAAAGUAGAUUCUUACAUUUCAAGGAGACUGUGUUAACGUUUUGUAAUGCUGGAUCACUAAUGUUUGGAUGUUUCUGCCUUUCUGUUGAAACACUCUCAGCAAUUUAUACUGCUGGGGAGAUUAGAACUUCAUCAAUUCGGCAUGUCAUAUAUUUGUUGGGAAAAGUCAUUUUCUUUAUUAAAUUUCUUCCACUUACUUUCAUAAAUACAAAUUUAUAGCACUAAUAUAUAUGUCUACUUAGAAGUAAGUCCCAUUGAACACAACUGUCAUCCCUUUUCAUUUGCCAUGCUGAGGGGGCCUUAGCUAAAUGCACAUGGGAUUGCAACCUUGUUUAUUUUUCUUAGGGAAUUUUUUCCUCACUAGAAAUGAUUUGUUGUGUGAGAAAUUGACCUGGAUGCUCUUGUGCCAUAAACGCUAAUUCCUACUUAUUUUUAUAGUGAACUGAAGUUCUUUUGCUUUGAUAGAACUGCAAGUGUUUGUAAUUGAUGAAUAUUUGUCACUCUUCUGCCAUUAUAUGCAUAUCCUAAGAAUCUACCUUUUUAGCUGAACUUUUUUGCUUGUUUCAGUGACUGAUCCAUCUGCGGUCUCACAAGCUUUAGAUAAGGAAGUCCUGGAGAAAGUUAAAGCAGAAAUUGAGGAAGAAUUGAAACGUCUUGAUGAAGAAAUUUUGGAAGGUCUGUGCAAGUUGGUGGACUUAUUUUCUUGGUUGCUUAUGUUGUUAUGUUCCAAGAAUUAUAAUUUUCCUACAGCCAUAUUUUCAGAGGGAAUAUUAAUUCAUGUUUUUGAGAAUUAUGUAUUAUAAGCCAAUGUAAUACACAUUUCAAACUGUAAGUGAAAACAGCUGUAUUUUCAAAGGGAAAAUGCAGUCAAAGAUUAGUGCAGGUUCUUCAGAAAGAUGUAUUAUAACCCAAUAUAAUAAAUACACAGUUCCAACUUAAGUAAGAUUGCUAUUGAAGUUUUAUUUUCUUUUUGCAAUAGCUGCCUUAGAUGAGACAUAAUUAUGUUCGUGCAAAAUUACAGAAUAGUUAUUUUUAUUGGUUCUGUAUGCUUAAGUGCAAAUUCUACCUUAGAAAUGUUUAUUUUAUAUUUUCUGUCCCACCAGGAAGGGUAUUAGGGCAUUCCUCUCUCUAACCUCAGCAUUUGUAAUUUUAAUCAUACACUAAAGGCAAGGAUGGGGAUCCUAUUUCAGUUGUUGGACUACAAUCUCAUCAUCCCUUACUACUGGCCAUACCAGGUGGGACUAAAGAGAUUUGGGGGUCCAAAAGCAUUUGGAGAGAUGCAGGCUCUUCAUCCUUGAUUUAAAUAUUGUUCAGCCAAGUUAAGUGCAUUGAUGAUUUUAUCUUUUGUUUUACACCAGCCUGAUAAUUAUUAUAUUGAAAGGAGCUAUGCACAUCAUAAAUGUGUACUUUUAAGCCCUGGUGAUUGCAGUGGGAUAUAUUUGGCUCAUCUACAUAUUAAUCAUAGGAUCACAGAACUGUAGAGUUGGAGGGGACCCCCAAGGGUAAUUUAGUCCAACUGCUUACAAUGCAGGAAUGUCAGCUAAAGCAGCCAUGAGAUGGCCAUCCAACCUCUGCUUAAAAACCUUCAAAGAAGUAGAGGCCAUCACCUCCUGAGGGAGUCUGUUCCCCUGUCUUAAUGGCACUUAGUCGGAAUCUCCUUGUAGCUUGAUCCAUUAGCAUGGGUCCUAUCCUCCAGAGCAGAAGAAAAUAAGCUUGCUCCAUCAGCCAUGUGAUAGCUCUUUAGAUAUUUGAAGAUGGCUAUCUCAGUCUCCUUUCUUGCAGGCUAAAUAUACCCAACUCCCUUAAACGUUUUCAUAAAGCUUGGUUUCCAGACCCUUGAACAUCUUGAUUGCCCUCCUCUGCACACAUCUUGGAUUAUAUACCUUAUUAAUUGGCACUCUGGUACAAUGUAAGAUUGUACUAGUUACCAAUUGCUGAAAAACAGAAGGGAAAGAGUCCUUUUGUUUUUGAAUUCUGCUUGUAGGUUUCACACAGGCAUUUAGUUGGCCACUCUGAGAACAGGAUGCUGGACUAGAUGGGCAAUUGGCCUGGUGCAACAAGCUCUUAUGUUCUUAACCAGCUAAGUCAUAUUUGGAGCAGACCCAGUGAAAUCAGUUGACUUAAGUUAAUCAUGACUGAUUAAGUUAGUCAAUUGAUUUCAGUGGAUCUGCUGCAAGUAUGACUUACUAUUUCAAUUUCACUAACAGUAUGAAAUCUCUCUCUUUUUUUUAAUUUCAGCUUUUACCAGCACAGGCUUUGAUUGCCACACAUCUCCAGUAUUCAGUCCUGCCAACCCAGAGACUUCAAUAGAAGAUUGCUUAGCUCAUCUGGGAGAGAAAGUAUUCCAAGAAUUGAAAGAACCUCUUCAAAAGGCAUUAGAGACCCUACUUAGCAAGUGAGUUCUCAUUUGCUUUGCUCAGCAGGGAAGGUACUUGCUCUUAAAAUUCUCACAAAUACAGUAAUAUUGAUUAUCUGACUAUAUUUUGGCACAACUAUUUCUAAACCUGAUUCACUUUCCUUCCUUAAUUAUGCACUUGAUAUGAAGUGAGCUAACAAUUUCCCAUCAUUUAAACUUACGAACAUCAGUACACUACAAUGAAAACAACUUCCUUCAAAGCCACUGCUUAUUCUGAUAGCUGUAAAUGCCCGAAUGUUUUCCUUAUUAGACAGUAGUCAGGGUAGAGUCCUUCCUCCUAAGUGUUUAAAAUCUGGAUGCUGUACUACAAUGCCAUGGGGCUAAUACUGAUAUCUCUAUAUUUUAGGUACCCCAGAUGUUGCCAAACAUAUAUUGGGUGCACUUCUGCUAUUGGAACUACUUCCCCAUUCUCAUAGUGGGAGCGCUUCUGGCCUUUAAUAAGAGGGACAAGUAGGAAGUAAUAGAGAAAUUGCGUUGAGGUAGCACAGACACGUGUUUCAUGUAAGUCAGUCUGCUUUUUUUUCCAUAUAGCAGGGUAGACCCUCAAUGUUGACAUGAGAUAGGGAGUAGGUCAUUUCAUUGAAUUAUUCCAAAUGAAUAUGUAGAGCUGGUAUAUUAUAAAACAAAAGUACUGACAUUUGAUUAUGUUAGUAAUACAAGUAUCGGAGGGAUAAGAUAAUUGAUUCCACAAUAGCUUAAUAAAUUUGGCAGUUCCUGUCUAUUGUAAAGCUGCAUAGGAUUUUGCCAUAUUGAUUACAGCCAGCACUUUUUACCUCACUCUGCUGCAUGUAGUGGCAAUGUAUAGAAGUUCAGGUCUGAAAAGCAACUUUUUUAUAGUUUGAAAAUAAAACACAAUAGAAAACUUUCUAUAUUCUGCUAUGCCUGAUUUGAAAGUUGAACCACUCAUGUUAAUAAUACAAACUAUCACAUCUUUAUUUACGACAGUUCUCCUUGUGUAGACAGUCCAUACCAUUCAGUAAAGCAGUUGCAGAGCAAAAAAGGGACACAGAGCUUUUUGGCAGUAUUUAUAAGCCCUUCUUACAUAAGUCAAUAUUGAAAGGUACUGAGAUACUGUAUACAAGCAGUUCCUUGAAUUCCUCUUCUAAAACUGUCACAAACAUUUGGUAUAAAUUUGACUUCAUUACACAUCUCUACCAGUAUCAGGCUUUGUUCAUUUUAAGUUAAGAUACAGAAAAUCACAGGAACACUUGAAGAUUGCUUUGCCUAAAUCAGGGGUUCUCAACUUUCUCCCCACGGGGCCCACUUGACAUGGGUGAAAAUUACUGAGCCUCACCAGUCAAAAAAGAUGGUGCAGAGGCAGAGCCAGUCAUAACAUGGUGAUAGAUGGAGGCAGAGUUUGGCAUAAUCAGCAGGCAAUUACUGGCAUCACCUUCUACAGAUACCUAAUACAUAUUUGGAAAUUACAAAAUUCUUUCCCACUGUAUUUUUCUUGUGGCAAGGAUUUCCACAGCUCAGCUUUCCUCAAGCUUAAGUACAGAUGUUUGAUCUUGAGGUAUUGUGACAGACCCCCAAGUUAGGAAGAAUUUGCUGAUCCAGAGGUUCUAAGUGGAGAAGGCUUUUUCCUUUAUAUUUUCCUCUCCCACCCUUGCAUGUGUCUCUAUAGUAUUUUUAUCCAUCUUGUCAUUUCUCCUUGUUAGAUCUUAUCCCCCCCCCCCGCUCUGAAACCUGCCAGCUGUUUUCAUCCCUCCUCCCUGGUUCUUUUUACUACCUUCACUUAUUUAUGCUAAUAGUUUUUCUCUCUUAGCCCAUUCUGUUGUAUCCCCCAUUGAAUUAUUCUUAAUAAUAAAUAUAUCUUUUCUCAUCUAAAUUCCUUUAACAACACGUCUGACUCUUCCUCUUAGAGAAGGGAGAUCUGCCAUGAACUUCUGUCUCCCAGCCAUCUUUACUCAGCAUGCAAGGAGUGGCUGGGGAAACCCUGGCAGAUGGGUGGGGUAUAAAUAAUAAAUUAUUAUUAAAUUAUUAUAUUGCAUAGCUUUUGCUAUAUGCAUACCUACCUCCACAGAUGACUUACUGGUUCCCAAUAGCUUGGAGAAGGAUGGAGACUUUGAUUGAAGUUGUAUGAAAGCGUUUGUUUUCAGCAUUGGGAUAUUUUUUUUUGGCAACAGUCCCAAUUUAAUACUUUUUAUUGGCUCCCUCCCAAGAUCAAGCUGAUGCCUUUAAUAUAACGUUUUUGUUGUCAGCUGAAAGUGUUUCAUUUCCUUAGAGCAAUUUGUUGAAACGUGCUGAAUUUGGGAGUUGUGCCUUAAAUGUAAUUUGUGUUAGGUUGGCUUUUAGAUGCUAUUUUGAAUGGAUGGGUUAUAGAUUCUUAAUUAUACAUUGCCUUAUAUGUGCAGUAUUGAGAUAGAAGGAAGUCUCAAAGAUUAGAAAACAAUUGUGAAAAGGAUCAAAAUGCCUAACUCCCAGGCCACUAUUUUAUUAUGUUUAUACUUUGCUUUUUAGCUAGGAUUCACUCCCAGAUAACUAUAAUGCACAUACUGCUGUGAUAUGAGCCAGAGUCUGGCACCUUGUUAUGUCUGAACCUGGGCUUGUGGUUUGUUUCUCUCCAAACAAACUGGGGGUUGUAACCAAGGUUUGUUCUUGGUUUCUGCUGGAGAGUGAAAAACCUGUCUCUGGAGCUAGAUUUGUGAUGGCUGUUCUACACACGCAGCUCAUCGCUGAUGUUUUGAUUCUUUUAAGAUCUUUGAGUUAAGAAAUUGCAGCACAAGUGGAAGCUUCUGUAUUUGGUAAAUUUAAUUAUCUAGCAGAUUGAUCAAAAUCUAUACCAAAUGAUGUGGGAAAGUUAUUUAAUUGUCAUACACGUGGUUGUUCUGUGAACAUGUAGAUGCUUUCAAAAAUCUGCAAUAUAGUCUUCUAUUGAAACUGUAAGUCAUUUAUAUUUUGGACAUGGUGAUAUGAAGGUUUCCAGCCCUCGUAUACAGAGUACAGUAGACAGAUGUAGCAGACCAGCUGUCCUUAAGCUAGACUCAAUAAAUGCAUUUAACCCUUGCUCAGGACAUCCUCAUGAAAGAAGUAGGAAAAUGCGGAUUAGGGGGAAAAACCUGCUAAGCAUGGAGUGUUCUGUUUGUUGAAAAACAACAUACAAAGGUCAAUCAGAAGGAAAUAUAUCCAGUAGCAUCUCAUGCGGCCAGUUCUGGAACAAUUUAGUCCUAUGUAGGACUAAAAAUUUCACUUCUGUCCUCCACCUGCAUGUUAGAGGUAAAGAUAUAUAUACAUAUACAUAUACAUAUGGAAACUUUCCAAUCACCUGGGAUGAGCUGGUUAACCUGUCACUUUAGGCUGUGAUGCACUGGGUGAAAAUAGUGGCCAGUUCCCUUCUUCCCCACUUCUGCUGCACUGCAGGGGCCUAAACCAUGUUUUGGCUUAGUGUUGUACCCAAACCCUGGUUCAUGGUUUGUUUUUCCCAAACAAAUCACAAGCAUUUGGUUUCAGCCUGUGGUUUGUAUGGAGAGAGACAAAUCUUGAGUCUGGGUUUUGAGGUAACACUAUGCCAAACCAUGGCUUAGCUCCCAGAAGCAGUGGAAGAACAAACUGACCACAAUUUUUGCUCCAUGUACCAGCAUACUGCAUGUUUUACUUUUAAAACAUCCUUAAGCUUAACUGUGAUUUAAAAGGUAAUAUCACUCUUACAUAGUUUAAGCAGCUUGAUCCUGUUCUUAUUUAGAUGUGUUUAGUGGGGCUACUUCCAGGUAAGUGUACAUAGAAUUGUGACAUAUACACACAGUAAUGGGAGUUUCUCCUCUCUCUCAGAUUUUGCAUUGAGUCACAUGUUCAGUAGGUAGGCAAGCAAGAAUUGCUACUAUAUCUUAGUAUCCAGUCAGCAGACCAGACCCAGAUCUUGCCCACCUGUUAAUCACCUGACAUUUUAUGACACAGAAUAAUUCAGACUUGAAAAUAACAAUUGGGAGUGCAUUCUAAGUGGACUCCCAGUUCUCCCCUUCAGCUGCAAAUAUCUUGCUGAGCCAUCCCCAGAGAAAUUGGGCCUUGCAGUUGCAGUGGAAGCACCUGCUCAGACACUACUGGCUCUGGUUUUGGCUGUGCCUCAACAGGUUUCCUGAUUGCAGCCAUCCCAUGGAAGUCACUGACCACAAUAAAAGUAGUACUAAGGUGGCAACUCCUCAAGGAGUUCAGUUGUAGUAUUCUAGUAUUAAGUUUUUUGUCAGUUGUCUGCAUGAGCUGAUUCAACAAAAAUUGCACAAAUCAUUUCACCAACUCUGUAAUCUAAUAUUACUAGAAUUGACAUAUCUCUCUGUGUUACUAUUACCAUUUCAAGACUGUGCAGAAACUGUUGAAAAGGAAGUUAUGCUUUCUUGUUUUGCCUUUGCUUUGCUUUUUAAAAUCUUGUGUUUUGGUUUUAUUUGUACAGACCAGUAACUUACAAGGAAUACAAGGAGAGGACACAGGAAGCAUCAGCUCAUGCCAGUGGAUGGAGCAAGGUACUUGCCAAAUCACCCUCACUUUGAAUUGACUAGAUAUCCAUUAUAGACCUGUGCCAAUUUAAGGAAUCAGUACUCUGUUUUAUCUGCCUCAUCUGUACCGUACUGCAUGUUCCAGGUUUUAUUAGCACUUAAGUAUAGGAGUAAGUGUAGUUGGUACAUUACUACUAUGAUAUUUAAUAUGAUUCAGCAGUCAAACAGACUAAUACUACAAUAUCCUUUUUGAGGUGACCAGAACUGUAUACAGUAUUCCAAAUGUGAUCACACCAUACCUCUACCAGUCUUUUUAGAAAAUGCAGUGUCUGCAAUUUAUAGACUUUUCUGUAACAUCUUUUUGACUACAUACUCUAACAAUAUGAUUGCUGAUGCAGAUAAAGCUUGCAAAACAGGUUGCAUUGAAAACAAUCUUUAUUGGAAUUACCACUUUUACCCAGUGGCUAUUUUUCUUGAAAACCUGCCCUUUAACAGAGGAUUUUGAAGGGAAAUGAAAAGAAUUAAGAACCCUUCCAUCCUAUACAGUUUCUAAACUGAUAAACUAAAGGAGAAUACAAAGGUCACCAUGAGAAAUCUUAAAAAGUUUUGAACUUACCUUCAAGGAGCUAAAAAUGUCAUUUGCUUUCUUGCAAACCAAAUGUUGAUUGGAUUUUUUUAUUGAGUGUCUUCUAGGUUGACAGGAAGUAAAACAGCUAUAGUUGGAAGGUGGCAAAUGUUCCUCUUUUUUCAAAACAACAAAAAACACUUCAUUCUGAUAAAAUCUUUUCCUACUGAGUUACAACUUUUUGAUACCAGAGCUGGAAUCCAAAGAAAUACUUUGGCUCACAGAAUUUUUCUCUUUCAGCAUCUGAUAACCGUAACACAUCAGAGUAGCUUACAAACUCUCCUGAGUUUCAAAAUAAGGUCACUUGAUAUAGGGAGCUAUUGUUUAAGGAAACAAAUCGGGCCUGAAAGCACUUUCGGACUCAUGGAACUAGUUUAUGGUUCUUUGGAACCUGGCCUAGGAAACUCAAACUGCUCUUAUGGCUCUGAACUUCUUUUGUAUAAAUAUAAUUUGUCCAAAUGACAAAGGGAAAGGGAAAUUACUGUUGCUGAACAGGAUGAAGGUGAGGAAGACACUUUAUCUGAAUGAUUUUUAUUUUUUGUAAGUACUGUAUAAUUCUUUUAUACAGCAUCCACAACAGAAAUUGAACGUGACAUUUUGCAUUAAGGAAAAGGAAAUUUGGUGUAUGGGUGAGAGACAAACCUUAGACUGAGCAGGAGGAGGCAGAGAUGCAGAUGGUUUUCAUUCUUUCCUUUGUAGGGGAUAGGGUUCUCCAUUGGUAUAGUAGUGGGGCUGAUGGGUGUAUCUCUAUUAGUGCUCAAAUUGCAUUUUCAGUAGCAUUUUUCUUCCCACCCCAGCACAGACUUUUACAACUUUAUCCAUGUCCCAUAUCCAGAUGGAUCUCCCUUUGCCAAGCAUUUGGUGUUGUUGCUGUGGUUUCCUUCCUCUCCCUAUAAUCCUUCAGGUCACGGUUACAGUCCAACAUGGUGUGUAUUUCCAUAGAAGUCAGCCCUGGGGUAUUCUAUGGGGGUUACACCCAUGUAAAUGUAUACAGGAUGACAACUUUCCUGAAGACAUGGAUUCCAAAUGCAUUCAGAGAGAACAAAGCAUGACUAUUUCACUCUAAAUGCAUAGCACAGAAGGAGCCAGUUGUAUCCAGUUUUCUGUUAACAGAAAUAAGCCCAUCUUUUUCCUUGUGAAGCACUCAUAGACAUUUCAAUCUCAUAGAAGCUGCCAGGUUCUUAAAGGGUUAGACAUAUAGUACAUCAAUUAGUUUUUAAUGAAUGUUUUCAAAUAGAUUCUUUUCAGCCCAUCAGAUAUUUAUUUCAGGUACUAAUUGUUCCAAUUCUAUUUUAUGAUUGAAUGGAAAAGAUACUGUCACUUGGUGCUAUGCUUGCUAAAAGCCCAUAAUGAAAGGGCUUAGUAUCUUGGUGGCCCUAUGGGAGAGAGCCAUAGUAACCACUCGUGUUAGGGAGCUUAUUUGGAGUAAAGUGGAUCUCUCUGGGUUGAAGCUUCAAGACUCCAAGACAGCAUUGACUUUAUCUCAUCACAGAUAUUCACAUAAAAAUACCCUUUUAGGUGCUAGCUAAUUUCUUUCAAGUCUAUUGGAAUAUCUUGCAAGAGAAGAUAAAUCAGUAUUGACUCUUCUUUGGGAUAAAGUCAAAAAUAGAGAGUGGUAUCGCUUGGUAAUUCCAGAAAUUUGAUCAGAUAGUGGUGAUUUAAUUGAAAAGUCAUUGUUAAAGAAGGUACAGAAUGUUACCCUGUUGCCAGUAAUGCAUUCUUUGCAUUUUUUUUUUAAAAAAAAUAUUUAUUAAAAUUUCAAAGGAAAAAAAAAAUCACAUUAGUAAAAAAAAAAAAUUAACAAUGAAAAGGAAAAAUACAAAGUAGAUAAAAAAGAAAAAACAGUUAAAAACAAUUCCAUCUUUUCCUCACUUCUUUUACGUUUACUUGUUUCCAGGACCUCCUCAUACCUCCCUCUUUUGUAUUCCAAUUAAAUUUGUUAAUCCAACAAUUCCUUUCCCUCCUUUUUAAUCCUAAUCCUUAGUCCUGAUAUAUUGUAACGUUAGAUUUUACAUAUUAAAAACCAAUUUUUCCAUAUUCUUUUGUACCUAUAUAGCUAGAAACCACUUAACUUCAAUCCAACAUCAUUCUAACAUUCAUUAAUUUUACAAUAUUUCUGUAAGUAGUCUUUAAAUUUCUUCCAAUCUUCUUCCACCAACUCUUCUCCCUGGUCUCGGAUUCUGCCAGUCAUUUCCGCCAAUUCCAUGUAGUCCAUCAUUUUCAUCCGCCAUUCCUCCAGUGUGGGUAGAUCUUGUGUCUUCCAAUGCUUCGCAAUGAGUAUUCUUGCUGCUGUUGUAGCAUACAUAAAGAAAGUUCUGUCCUUUUUUAACACCGAUUGGCUGACUAUGCCCAGGAGAAAGGCCUCUGGUUUCUUCAAGAAGGUAUAUUUAAAUACCUUUUUUAGUUCAUUAUAUAUCAUCUCCCAGAAAGCCUUAAUCUUUGGGCACGUCCACCAAAGGUGAAAAAAUGUACCUUCAGUUUCUUUACAUUUCCAACAUUUAUUAUCAGGCACAUGAUAGAUUUUUGCAAGCUUGACUGGGGUUAUGUACCACCUGUAUAUCAUUUUCAUAAUAUUUUCUCUUAAGGCAUUACAUGCCGUAAAUUUCAUACCUGUGGUCCACAACUGUUCCCAGUCAGCAAACAUAAUAUUAUGUCCAACAUCUUGUGCCCAUUUAAUCAUAGCAGAUUUCACUGUUUCAUCCUGAGUAUUCCAAGCAUUCUUUGCAUUUGAAAGUCCUUGAAGCUGAUACUGAAAUUGUUUUUCUUGGUGUUGUAUGGAGUGUUUGAAGAUUAUAAUGUUGCACAGCAGCAAAACUUUCCAGUCCACUUUACGUUGGGUCACUUGAAGAAGGGAUACCUAGGUCCAUUAUUCUCCUCCCUUUCAAAUUGCUGUUACCAUCCUGACUGCCUGUUCAUUUUAAACAGUGGAGACCCUGCAACAGUAGCAGCAACUCAUUUACCUGCCCAAGAAGUAGUGAGAGGUAGGGAAUGAGUUGAGAACUCAUUGCCUGAUUCUUGAGACUAGAUUGACCCACUGACUAAUCUGCUUUUUGGCCAGGGUUCUGUGUUCUAUGUAUUCUCUUUCUUAACUGAGUACUUGAAAAAUAUUAUUAAUAUUUAUAUUUAUAUGGGCUUAAUGUUGCCUCCUUCAAAGCUGCCCUCCCACCAUGCUUGUAUCUCAUGUCCAUGCAUGCAAAAUUAAAGUACUUACGCAAUAAAUGUAUUUAGCACUCUUUGGCGCAGUGGCAGGAUUUUCUUCCAAACUACUGCAAUUCCUGAUCAUGUCUCUUCCUCGCCUACCCUUUCUUCACUCUUUACUCCCAAGGUUUUAGUGCCUCUGGUGAUCCUUCAGCGAUUCCUGAUGGAACUGACAAGACAGGGCAAAGAACCACUUGGGGCACUGCUGAAUUUUGGAGUGACCUACCUGGAAGACUAUGUUGCAGACUAUAUCAUCCAGCAAGGUGGAUGGGUAAGGAAGUUAAAUGUCCAACUGUAUCUUCCUCCAGAGUUGAUGAACAGAUAUGUGCAUCUCUCUGUACAACAGUUGUAUUUAAGAUUUACUAACUGUUCAAAGGAAAGCAGUGUUGAUUUUUUUGUCCAUAGCAGAACAUAUAGAUAUUAUUUAGGAUAAUGAACAAGAACAAAGGUAACAGCAUUAUUUUUAAAUUGAUCUUAAUUAAAAUGCAUUGGUCUUUAUAUGAGUUUAGUUCUGUUUUCGUGGGGCAGCAGACUUGAGCUACCUCACAGUCAUGAACAAAUUCAGGUUAUGCAUUUAGAUUGAGCUUGUUUUAAUUUUAUUGAAUUUCUCAGAGUGCUUUAAGUUGUAUUUCUCUAGAUUCCUGUGUGAAAUGGGUUAAGAAAAAAUGGGUUCUAUUUAAAGUGCUAUUUGAAAAUUGUGUUUUGAAGGUACAACGAAACCCUCUAAGAAUAUCCAGGCCCCCUCCCUCCCAUCUGUUUCUUACAACUUGAUAGUUGAACUGAAGCACAGUGAGCAUACAGAUUAUUCCUCUCUGGGAGAUAGAACACUGCCAGAUUUAAACAGAAUUAAUCUGGGAUUAGUGAAAUGACUCCCAAGUUGUUUUUAUUCUGAAAGUAAAGCUGUUCAGUGGUUAGAAAAUCUAAAUAGCAAAAACAUACUAAUAACCUUUAAAAUUAUAUAUUUUUCAUAUUUUGAUUUUGUAAAGUGUACUAGGAGGGUGCAAACAGUGGUUUUACCAGGGGCUUUCCCCUCGCCCUCAUCUCCUUUGUGCCCUUAUUUUCUCAUAAGAAUAAAUAUGUUUCUUGACUGUACAAAUUGCAUAUUUGCCUGGUACAAGAGCUGGUGUUUAGAUUAUGCCUUUAUGACUUCCACUUCCUGCAGAAUAAACAAUGACUCCUACAUCUGGUUAUGCUUUGGGCCUUGAUUUAAUGAAAUGUCUUAGAUUUUUGUUUUUGGCCAGUAGAUAACUUCUUGCAUUGUGCCCUCCUGUUUCUUUUGAUGUUUUGGUACCCUCAGAAGACUGUGUUCCAUACCUCAACGACUUCUGUAAAGCCUUUUAUAAACAUGUGUGUCACAAUGCAUAGUUGCUUCUGAAAACACACAGCAGCCUAGCUGUGUCUAAGAGGGAGGGAAUGUUCACUGUGUGACUGUUUGUAGUUGACUUGGCAGUUCCAUGAACCAUGCACUUAUCUAUUCACCUCUAGCCAGGCAUAAAAUUGGACUGACAGAAGCUGCAUAACCAACAGGGCAGAGCUAUUUUUGAAAUGGUGCAGGAAAGGUGAAGAAAGAAUUGAAAUGGUGAUAAUUUUUAAACUGAAUAAAAGUUGCCAUGAUUAACUACUCUGUGGUUAAGAGUAAGAUCUUGGGUAUUUUGAUCUUGAUCUUCAUGUCAUUAUGCACAAGGUUCAGUUUUGUGGCUGGUACCUAGUCUUAUUUUGAUUUGGUUUAACAAAUUUGUGUUUUAAGAAACUGAGACUGCAGUAUUUCAAGUUUUCCUGAAACAUGGUACUACCAUUAAGCAAUGCUUUUUGGUCGUGUUUAAAUACUUGAAUAGGGAAACUUCAAAUUAAUUGCUCUGUUUGGAAGCUCAGAAUGCACAGCAAAUGUUCUUGCUGGUCUUCACUAAUGGUAGUACAGCAGAAUUGGAGAAUUAGCUGUGGUACUGCCCCUGAGCUGCUUAAUCCCAAUGUGUAAGGUUCAGCUAGACCUCCUAAAUUUCCAGUCAUGGUGAACCUGUCCAAGGAAGAAGAAACAACAAUGUGUAUUGGGGGUUAGGAGAUAGCUUAAAAGCUGUUUAAAGACUAAAAUCACUUAAAUAUUCAUCUACUCCAGCAGAGGCAAUGAAUGGAUUAGUUAAGAGUGUAUUUACUCUCUGUGUUCCAUUAGUCAUUAAAGAGUAUGUCAUGAGGGUCUCCCAAUUCCUUGCACGAAAGUCACAAAUAGUCUUUCUAUAGAUUUAGAGCUUUGUGAAAACAUCAGGUCUUUCUACAGAGGAAGCAGUGGCAAAAACGGUACAACCUCAGGAGCUUUAGUAAGUGGAAAUAACCCAGACUGAAUGAGCUAUUUUGUAGACUAGGAAAAUAAUUAGACUGAAGUAAAAAAUAGUCAUGCAACAUGGAACACACUUGGAGCAAUAAGAUACUACAAACUGAAUAUAUAGAACCUUAAUAUUGGAUUCAUCACCCAGUGCCAUCAUUGUGUAAUGGAACGUCAGUCAAGAGUAGAUUUCCUGAUAUUUGGAGGAUUUUUGCAGAAAUGGCAACCUUUAAGAAGAAGAUUGGUUCUGGGAAUAAGUCCCAUAGAACUCAGCUGGGCUUGUUUCUAAAUAGACCUGCAUAGGAUUAUGCUGCAAGUCUAUAAAAGUUAAAUGUAGCACAUUUUAAAAGGUAAUGUCCUCCUUUUCAUUGUUCUGAUGGUUUCCAGACAUUUUUUCUAUGUUGCUUUUCCUUUUCUAAUGAGAAGUUGUGUUGCACACAUUUUGAGUGUGAGCAGUGAGUAACGAGUAACGUUCUUCAGUGAAAUCUGCAUUAAGUCUGCUUUUGUAGUAAUUUCAAUAUCAGGAAGAAUCAAAAUGCAGUUGCAGUUUCUAAGUUCUUAUAAAGUUUUGCAUAUGUAAGCAAUAGCUUCUGACCUAAAAGAAACAGAGUCAUGCAAUGUUGUUGGUUACUGAACUUGAAAAGGAUUAUAAGAACAAUGCAGAAUAUAUACUUUUGCUUUACUUCUCUUCUUGUAAGGCAGUAGAUUGGUUUGCUUUGAAUUCAUUUUCAAGGUAGCAGUGUACUUCUUUAAUCAUAAAAGGCAGAGAUCUAGCUCUGAGCAUUUUUGUAGACAUAGCUUGCUCUCUAGACAUUGUUGAUGGAAACCAGAAGAGUCACAGAAAGGUUCCAUGUUUUCCACUGGGUCAAAACAAAAAACGUUCAUUCUAAUUUGGCAGCAGCUUAGCUCUACAGCUUGCCCUGAAGCUGUAUUAGGGCACAAACAAAUUGAUGUGCAGUGCGCAUACUCCCUCCCCUUUCUCUGUUCACUCUCCCUCUGUUUGCUGUGUCUGCUGCAUCAGAAACUUCUCUUGGAAAAGUGCAGAGUAAGAACAGUCAGUUUGGGUAAGACUUUACUACUGAAGUAGUAUAUUUAUGCUUUAAAAGUGUCAACCUUGUCCUAAUUUCCAGUGUUUCAUCCACAUUGAAAAGGACUUGUGGGAGAUCUGAGAAGAAUAGAGAUGACUAACUAUUUUUGCUUAAAAGUUAUUAUUCUGCUUUGUCACCAGUUUACAUGCUUGUGGCUUGCUCUGCUUUAAUAAUCUCUGCAUGAAGUAUAAUUAAGUGCCUUUGGAAACUUGCACAUCCAUUUGACUUGUAAAAAGCGAACUAGAAGCUGCAAUGCACAAUUAAAGUCUAAAGUAUUGCUUUCCUUGCCAUUGCGAUUGUGAUUGAGUUUAUAGAAUGAUACGGAAAGCAGGCUACUUCCCCUAGUGCUUGACUCUGGGUUUUAUUUUCAGUCUUGGCAUUGUUGUCUUUAGAAGUGUAAAGUAGUCGUUCAGUUUCUAAAACUGAAGUUGGUGGUAAGUAGCUGUGUUUUAUACUCUGAUGGUAGUGGUAUAAGAACAAACUUCAUUUCCGUUUUGAACUUGAUAAUUUCAUUCUUAUUAGAAAGACAACCAGAAUCUUGCACCAAGGUUUGUUUGCUUAACAAAAUUUAUAUUCUGCUUCAGUGUAGUAAAACCUCUAAGCAUCUUGCUCUUCAGACUGUUAAUAGUGGCAUACUUUCAGUGAAAAAACAAAAUUGUCUGGUUCUUUAUUCCAAGAUUUGACUCUGGAUGACAAGGGAGAAAUCUUUAGGCAAUGUAUUAAAAUAGCAGCAUGCUUUGUUGGAGAGUGCGUUUUGUAAGAGAGUAAAAGAAUGUACCUUUAUUCAGACUUCACUUGCUUACAGAAGUGAGAUAAUGGAAUCCAGGAUAACAUAAUGGAUGGUGUAAUUUAAAAAUAAUAAUUGCUGGAAGGGAUAUAUCAAUAAAUGCUAGCUGGAGAUAUGUAGGCUUGUGAGACAUUAUUGACUUUUAUAAAGGAGUCUACUGCAGAUUUCAGUAUCAGAUAACAAUUCCUGUUUUAGAUGGCUUACCUCUUGACUUAGUUUCUCCUCUCUUCUUGAAAAUGGAAUAUUGUGGACUAUAAUAUGUAGUACAUAACACUGUAUUUGACAAGGGGAGGUCCUAUUUAAUAGGUUAGUGUUGCUUGUACAGACUAACUGCUCCUGGAAGGAGAGUUCCUGUGUCUUUUUGUAUGUGUCUUUUUCUAAGUGAAAUGAGCAAGUGUUUAUUUUUGGCAGCAUGGGUAGCGUGACUGAUUAAUUUUAGAUCUACCUGAUACUUAGCAUUUUUACUCUUGACUGUUUUGAAAUACUAAAACAAAUCAUUGGGAUCCUGCAUUUGCAGUUUAAAUUUGUUUAUAUUUGUAACCUGUUCCUAUGUCCAAAGUCUCAGGACAGUGAAUGAAAAGCAUAAUAAUCCUAUUAGGACAAAAUAAAGUUGGGCUUAGAGAAGAUUCCAUAACCUUCAGCACUCUCUUGCUUCACUGCAUACUAGAGACAGCUUCACCCACCUUCCUCGGUGCCUGCUAUCCCACACACUUACACUCUUCUGUGUCUCAACCCCUUCCAUAGUGUCUAUUUCUCCCUCUUAUUGAGGUUGUUCCUACUCCUUCAGCUGACACCUAGGGGAGCAGCCUGUUAACCUAUUCUUCUCCCCACCACCCCCAAGCCUGGAAAGCCAACCUCUUCAGGAGCCUGCACUCUCAAAUUUGAGAUUGUCCAAGAUGUCUUUUCCUUCAUUGCUACUUAAUAUUCCAUGGCUCUCUCUUUUCUAUUAUUUCUUUUUUUAACUGCUAAUUCCUGGCACAUUUGAAAGCUGUUAAACUGCACUCUGAAGACCUUUGUGUGACCUUCAGAUAAGAACAGCACUGUUGAUGUACGAAGAUUAAGUAUAACACCUCAAGUGGCAUAAAAUAGCCUGUUCUGUGGAUCAUGUGGUACAGAUAAAAGGAUUCUGUAGCCUGUGGUGCAGUUUGUGCUGAAAUGGAGGUAACAACAACUUUCCUUUAUGAAGCUAAGAAAUCUAUUUGAGUAGUAUUGCUGGCUAGAUGUAACUGAGAAUUCCACACUCAUUGUUGGGGAAGGGCUGUAGCUCAGUGGUAGAGCACAUGUUCUGCGUGUAAAAGCGAGUCAGUGUCAACAGUACUAAGAAAGAUGGACCCAAUGAUCUGACUUGUUAUAAGGCAACUUACAAUGUUCUCAUUUGUAGUAUACACAGCUUAAUGUUAUUCAUCUUGGGGCAUAAUCUUUCAGUUCAGAUACUAGAUUAUUUAAUGAAACUGCCUAGGUAAUUGCAUCAGAAUGUCUGUCUUCAAAAAAUUAGCCACAUUUUUUUUGCAGAAACUUAGUAAUUGUAGAAUGAUCUUCUCUGGGCAAGUUUUGUGUCCUCAAUUAAGUAAAAUACGGGGCCAAAAAGGUUAAGUUGUAUGAAACAAUAUAAGCGGAAUGACACUGGGAGUAAUAUUAAUUGAACUCAACUCUCUAGAACUAAUAUUUCAGAAGUUAGGCCUCUGGUGCCUAACACAUUUUUUAUUCUUUCUUAGUAUUGAUUUAUUUUAAAACAUACUCUACUUGUUUUUAUUUUUUUUAAAAAAACCUACUAAAAUAUCUUUGUUGGCAAAACUUCUUUGCUGCUACCUGUGCAGAUCUCUUCUCAAUAUCCCUUUGGUUUUCUGAUGCAGGGUCAUUCUUGAUUAGAAUAUCACAAACAUCUGAUAGGAGGGCCUGUCUGCAUUAUAGUGCUCUGUGUUCUGAUUUUUGUUUUACAUGACUCUGGUGCUGAAGCAAGGGUGAAUAGUGCAAGCUAGCCUGGAGCUAUGAAGAGGGCAGAGGAGUGGGAACAAUUCAUAGCAGAAUAACAUGUACUCUUCACUAUAAAGCUCCUGAGCUCAUGAGACAGCUUGAUCAGCACGGAAAGAGGGUGGAUGGGGAUUUACUGAGUAAUUACUUUCUGUGUGGCGGCAGUCCAGCCCCUGAUGCAGCUUUCUGCAUGUGCCACAUUCCAUUAGCACAGAUGGAUAGUUGUGAAAGGCAGCCAUCAACAGAAGCUCUGAGAGCUUUGCUUGAAGGAUGCCUGAGUGGUUCUGGUUAGCAAUGCUUCAAUAUUCUUUGUAUUAUAACAUUAUCUCUCUAUACAGAUACCAGAUUAUUUUUUUAAAAAAAGUUCAAUUAAUUCAAAUAGGCUUUGAAUUUUUAUAAGUUAUGAAGAAAUUGUGAUAUGUGUAUGGGUGACUCCUGAGGAAUAGAUUUCUAGAAAUAAAAAAGUAACUCCUAUGUAGUACAACUUCAGUUGAGGCACUUUCCUAAUAGAAUCAACACUCACCAUAGAGUAUGUGAGAGAUUGCACAGAACUACAGUUGUACUUCGGAAGUCAAACGGAAUCCGUCCUGGAAGUCCGUUCAACUUCCAAAACGUUCGUGAGCCAAGGCACAGCUUCCGAUUGACUGCAUGUGUAUUGUGAAAUAAUGUACAUCAGAUUCAUGUGUUAUGCUCAUAACAGUCCUGUGAAAUAGGUUAGGGUGAGUGAUCCUGACUUUUGUGUGCAUGCACACACAUAGAAUUUCAUAAGAGUAGAAAACUGAAUCCAGGUCUCUUUCCCAUAUCCAAGUACAAUACUUUUGUCUCAAACCAGACAGAAGACAAUUACUGUUCAAUACUUAGUUUUGACAAUAUGCAAACCUCUUUAAGUAUUAAAGUUUUGUUGCCUCCCCGCCCCCCGCAAUAAUUGCAUGCAACUGCACUCUGAUGGAAACCUGUUGUAUCCAUUGGCUGUUCAACUAUAUGUAGCAAUUAUACGUUCUCUGGGUUGUUCUGAAUUAAGGCUACCAUUCUUCUGUAAUGUGGUUGUAUCAUGUAAAAUUAAGUGCUGAUAACUUCGUUGAUUAUGUGCAUUUUUCUUCUAGGGUACUGUUUUUAGUUUGGAUUCUGAAGAAGAGGAGUACCACGGAAUAAUUGCCGAAGAUAGCAAUGACAUCUACAUCCUAACUAGUGACAACUCAGGCCAGGUGAGCCCUCCUGAGUCACCUACAGUGACAACAUCUUGGCAGUCGGAGAGCUUGCCAGUUUCUUUGUCAGCUAGUCAGAGUUGGCAUACUGAGAGCUUACCUGUCUCGUUGGGGCCUGAGUCUUGGCAGCAAGUGGCUAUGGAUCCUGAAGAAGUGAAGAGUUUGGACAGCAAUGGAGGUGGGGAAGAAAGGAGUGAAAAUAACUCUUCAAACUCUGAUAUUGUUCAUGUUGAAAAGGAGGAGAUACCAGAGGGGGUUGAGGAAACAGUGGUGUCAGAAGUGGUCCUGCAGGCUGACCCUGCAAAGUCUGCUUCCCCAGAACCUCCAACUGCAUUGCUGGAGCCAGAAGCUGAAAUUGUGUCUCUUAAAAAGCCAGGCCCCUCUGCACCUUCACAUAAGGAACACCAGAAAGAGGGGAAAGAGGUGCUGCUGCCAGAACCUGAAGCUCCAGCCUUGAGUAAACCUGUCCAGCAAUUAACUCAGUCAGAAGAAAAAGCUACCCCCAAACCUGAAAGAAUACUGCCUCCAGAAGAAGAAAUAAAGGCCAGAAAGGGAAGCUAUUCUGAAGAAAAGGAAGAGAAGACUCCUGCUGGAGAGGAGAAACCCAUCCUCUUACCAGAAGGCAAAUCAAUUCUACUAUAUGGUGGGGCAGCUGCAGUGGCCAUCCUAGCUGUGGCAGUAGGUGUAGCACUAGCAUUGAGGAAGAAGUAGUGAAUGCCUCCUCAAGGAGGUAGCGCCUGAAUCUACACUUAGUUGCAUUGGCUGAGGGUUGUGGUGCCUGCUGUUAAUGGGAAAUUCAUGUAGCAAAAAGGGUGAUGGGGCAAGGGUACACUAUAAAGCUAAGCCUGGGGACAAUCAUGUUUUUAGUGGACUGGUAUCGGAUCUUCCUGUUUAACAUAUAGGGGUGUCAUUUUGAAAACCCCAGCACAUUUAAUAUGUAUGUAUAACUGAGAAAUGGGGAUGCUUAUACACUGGAAACCGGCACAGAACAUUCCAGGGGAAAAGGAAAGUUUGUUGUUAUCCCUGGAGAUUUCCCUUCCAUAAGCUGCUCUUGCAGCUUCUUGGUUCCCCUUUAACCUCUUGAAUGAGAGGCUCAGUGUAGCAUGAGGUUGGUAGCUCUUUUGUCUCGGCUUCCUCAGGUAUUGCACAGCUCCUCUUGACCUCCCAGAUCUCUUUUAAACCCCAGUGGGUUAGUGCUUCUUCAAUACAGUGGUACCUCGGGUUAAGAACUUCUUUCUUUCUGGAGGUCCAUUCUUAACCUGAAACUGUUCUUAACCUGAUGUACCACUUUAGCUAAUGGGGCCUCCCGCUGCCGCCGUGCCGCUGCUGCGCGAUUUCUGUUCUCAUCCUGAAGCAAAGUUCUUAACCUGAGGUACUAUUUCUGGGUUAUCAGAGUCUGUAACCUGAAGCGUCUGUAACCCGAGGUACCACUGUACCUCUUUGCUUUAUACCUUUUCUACCCCCUCAUAUAUAUUUAAUGAAAUUCUUAAAGCUCUUUAAUGUUGGGUGGGUAAAGCAAUAGUCUCCCAUGCAGGGAUGAAAUUAUAAGAGUUUGGUGGGAAGACAUAUUCUUUGAUCCCUCAUGUGUAUCUGAUCUCUGCUACUUUUGUGUUUUCCCUCUCCCUUUGCCCUUUUAAUGCAUCCUGUUUUUUAUAUCUGUUUAGUUAUCAAAGAGACCCUUUUAUCAUUCUGAUGAAUAAAAAGGAGAAAUGUUCAGCAGUUGUAAGCUGAACUGGCACCACUUGCAAAGUCAAAAUAUAAGCACCUGCUUUGGACAUCUUUUCCCUGUUGUGUUUGCACAAAUUCAAGAGUGAAAGACGCUUAGCCUUAAAUUGACCUUGACCACUGAUAAAAAGCCAAGCACAAGGUCUUCAAAGAAAUGAAGUCACGUAGUUCAACCGAAGCAGCAUUGUGCUGUCCCUCCCAGUUGUUUGCCUGGUUUUGGCUGUAGAGUGAAUGGUGACCUGAAAGCCAGUAAGUCAUGUAAACUUGCCAGAUAAUAGCUACCUGUGGAAAGUUUAUUUUUAAUCCAGCCAGGUAUGAUUUCUACCCAAGAGGAAUGAAAUAAGAUAUGUCUUAUCAGUGUUUGGUGCUGUGUGUGUGAUGGAAACAAAAUUUAAAUAUUACUCUGUUGGUGUUUGCUGGCUCUAUGGAGUGGAAGCUCUCAUGUCCUUCAAGCGAUUGCUGCAGCUUGUUUGGGCUGCUGAGAUGUGUAUAAAUCAAAAGUAAAAAAAAAAAUGACCUUUUUCAAACUUUUUAAAAUAUCCAAGCUCCACCAUAGUAGACAUAUUCAAACUUUCCCCCUCGUUAUUCUGUUAACCAAAGGAUGCCGAAUGAACCCCUCCCCCCUCUCCUGGUGUACUAAUUGGAUAUGAUUACCUGUCUGGCAAUCAGGUACCUCUUUACUAUAGUGCUAUUUAGGAAUGUGAAAGUGUUGAGUAGUGGUUUUCUCUAGUUCCUUGCCAUAGCUGCCUUUUCCAGUUACCCUCUGCAGAACAGAUGAUGAGGAAAUUCCUAAGAUUCCCUUCAACCACAUUUGUAGGCUGAACUUCUCCAUUCAUGUAUUGUAAAUAAAAGAAUCAUCUCCUCAAAUUAACACAUGUAUACUCAUCAUGUGGCAGUGGUGAUUUUCUUCUUCUCCAGUGCGUGUGUUAACACGUUACAUUUUGGAGGCAAUGUCUUGGCAACAUGUGGCCUAUUCAUUAUGACCUGUGUUGAAGUUCUUUGUUGCAAAAAUUCUUAAGGCUCAAUUGCUUCUUAACAAACAAAAAAACAACAAUUUCAAUUCAUUUUAGGGGUGUGAUAGUAAAUAGAAUAUGCUCUUUUGCCACAGGAAGCAUCCUAUAGCCAUUCCUAGAAUUCAUAGACAGACUAUGUAGCAAAUUGCUACAGGUCUCAGUGUAUGUGAUGCAAGUAAAAGUAAAGGUACCUCUGACCGUUAGGUCCAGUCGUGGACGACUGUGGGGUUGCGGCGCUCAUCUCGCUCUGUAGGCCAAGGGAGCCGGCAUUGUCCGCAGACAGCUUCUGGGUCAUGUGGCCAGCAUGACUAAGCCACUUCUGGCAAACCAGAGCAGCGCACGGAAACACCGUUUACCUUCCCGCCGGAGUGGUACCUAUUUACUUGCACUUUGACUUUGACUUUACUUGCUAGGCAGGCAGGAACUAGGACCGAACAACGGGCGCUCAUCCCGUUGUGGGGAUUCGAACCGCCAACCUUCUAAUCGGCAAGCCCUAGGCUCUUAAUUAGAUGCAAUUUAAAGGGAAAGUAAGGAGGUGAAAGACACUCUUAAGAGUCUUUGAGCUUUAGCCUAGUUUCAUUUUUAAUCCAUUCACCUUUCAAAAUCUCAAAUUUAUUAUUACUUAUUUCAUGUUGUUGUAAUUGCUAUUUACUCCUGAAACUUCACUGGGCAGGCCCUUAUCCAGUGUAGUUUUGAUUAACAUUUAAUGAGUGAUAGUUGCCACUAUGACAGUCUGCAUUCCUGUUUACCAUAAAACUGUCUUCCAUCUUACUAUAAUGGUCACUUGAUUGUUUGGAGCAUCCAGGAUGUCUGAUGGCAAAAGUAAUUGCAGUCAGCCGUCGUUUUAGCACAGUAGCCAAGUUGAUGAGGGUUUGGCUCUAAUGAUUGUGAAGUUGGGAGGAAGUAUCCUUACACACGUUGUGGUAGAAAGCCUGGGUUUACUAUCGGUUGGCUAUUUGAGAGGAAGCCACUGCCAGUCUCGCCUCCCUGGUGAGUAUGGAUGUAGAAUACAUAGUUUGUGCACACAAGGGGUUAUCUUCCCACAUUACAUGCACACCUACAAAUGUUGUAUGUGAAGUGUCCUCUAACCAUAUGGGAAUUUUUGCUUUUUGAUUCAGCAGGAUGGGAACUUUGCCAUGGCGGUUGGGAGUUGCUGGUUAGGUAAUUUCCAAUGCUUUUUUCUAGUGCUGUCUUUGUUACCCAUUUUCCAGAAUAAAGUGCCUCAGUGUAUUCCAGUGGGCUUUAACAGUUUCCCUUUUUUAUAUUUGCCUGCUUUCUAUUUUGUAGCCCUAUUAUCCAAUAGUGAGUAUUCUUGAGCUAUAGCUCCAAAAGCCUUUGGGGAAAAACCUCCCAUGCUGGAGGAAGGUAAAAUAAAUCAUAGCUGCUAUGUCAUUAGAUAUUAGCAUUGUUGCAAGAGUUAAUAUAGCUCAAUAGUACCAUUUUGGGUUCUCAGUAUUUAGAGAUGCACUAGUAUUAGACCAAUUCAACCGAUAAUAGAUGGGAAUGGUCUAUAGCUCUCAAUAAAUUUGAUGGUUUGAAAUGGAUGUUGUUUCCUCUGUGUGGAUAUUUGCAAAACUCUUCUUUCUCCACUACAUACCCUCUUAAAUAUGAGUUAUGCAUGCUUUGAAAUAAGCCCCUCCCUUAUCUGCUAGGGCUAUUGCCAAUACAAAUUCUCAUUUUUCUAGCAGGCACUACAGAUUAAUUAGGAUAAACCGGUACUGUUUUUCUUUUUCCAAUACUAAGGUCAUGUGUUUGGCCCGGGGGUGGGCAAGAGAGACAAUGGGCAACUGUAGAUUGGUAUUCUUCACCUGUUAAUUUCGCUAGUUUCAAAAUGCUAAAAAGAACGUUAGAUGAAAGAUUAAAGGGUGUAGAACUGUGAACUGCCACUUUCAACCACUGACCAGUAAUAAUCUGUUCUAUUUUCUGUAGAUUUCUGAAAUAAGUGUGUGGGGGGGGGGGUAGUCUUUUCCUGAAUAUAUUAGGGCUUCAAGAUGAAAUAGGACUUGGUAAAGGUGUCUCAUACUAUAAUUUCUCUUAUUCUGUGAUAUAUAGUCAUACAUUUAUUUAGUUGGUUCAGAUGAAUGUCUGUUUUUAGCAGUGAGAUGGAUGCUUUGAAGCAGUGUUAUUUCACAGCUUUUCUUGAAGCAUCACUAGAGAAGGGCUAGUCUGUUUAUAAAUUAACAACUAACAUUCUAUACUCUGGCAACAGUACUUCUCAGGGUUAAUGUUCAUAUAGCACAGGCAACAGGCUGGAGUCUAUAUGGUUUUUGGAGCUGCAAACAAUAAACUAUUUAGGAGAAAUCAUGAACAUAUGUGUUAUUGUGUUAGCAGUAACAGGCAUAUAGGUGGACUUUUAGAAAUGUAUUCCAUGUGAAAUUGUGUCACCUAGAGGUACCCAUUUAUAUACUGUACUAUUUAUGAGAAGGGUGGUCUACAAUUCUGCAUUGGAACACCUAAAAUUAUUAGACUGUACCAUACAAACCAAGCCACAAAUGCACAUUCAGACAACAGUGUGGCUGCCAUCCUCUCUCAGCCUCCCCCCCCCCCAAAAAAAAUCCAAUGGGCAGGUGACUGCCAUUGAAAACCUCUUUCCUGUCCAGGCAAGCAACAAGGCAAGAAGCAGCAGCUUAAGUCUAAUUUGACCACCUCUCUUAGGGGUGAUAGGUGUGUUGCUCCCUGUGGCUUGUAUUAGAGUUGGCUGAAAUAAGCCCAGCUACUUAUUUAAGAACAAAACAAAAGCAGGAAGUAGCUGGACUUUUAUCUCAGUAAAUCUUAAAUUGAUUCCCUAACUCUCACCCACUCCUGCACUGAUUUCUGGUGCUGUAGCAGUCUUGUUUGGCAGCAGCAGCAGGGAAGCUUCAGGGAGACAUGUUUGAUAUGCUGCAUACUAAAACUGCAGUAGCUACUGGAAAAACUGUUUCCCAGAAGCUAGUUGCAACAGGGGGGAGGCUAUUCCUGCAGCUGCUGCAGUAAUUCUCUUAAUUUGUGGUUAAAGGAAGGCAGGUUUGUGUGGGUUUGACUUGUAAUACUUCAUAUAUCAACCCCCAGAACUCUCUAUUUCCACAGCUAGAAAGCUGAGUUUGAUUACAUUGUUAUUCCUUAAGUGAUGCCCUCUAACUACUGAUUAUGAGGACUUAAAGCACAUUUUGUCUAGGAACUGUCCUAGCAGUAUAAACUGUUACAAACCAGUGCAGACUUUCAGACAUUGCUCAUUAAGUAGAACCUAUUUUACCUCUGAGAAUGCUUUAAGUUAUGUUGGAAGAGAUUGAAGCUUGGUUGCACUCUAAAAGAUUAUGGAUUUUGAUUGUGAGAGCAAAAGAGAUGAGAUAAACGAAAGGCUAUAUAACAAACCACAAUUUAUCCUCUCUAUAGAGCUCCAAAACUGUAAAAGCAACUCAUCAGCAUAUGGGUUAAAAGCCUAUUUCAAUCCUGUUCAUACAAAAGCAUAGAGGAUUUGAGUUAUGACUAGAGGUAUUAGAAAAAUAUUGUGUUUGUUUCUAGUGAAUUCCUAAAACAAUUGGUUGAUUUUCAAUAAUAAGCAAAUUUGCAUUCUGAAAGACUGAUGUGACAUGCAAAUCAGUUAAGUGUUCAAGGAACUGUAUUUUUCUAAUUCCUUAUGCAAGUACAGCAUUUUCAAAAUUACUGUCUGAAGCCUUUUGUGCCAUUUGAUGAAUUAAAAAAACUUGCUAUUUCCAGUGUUAAAAAGGAGUUACCAGCUCCCUCAUCUACUGUUUAUAAAUUGAAGGGGUAUGUUUAUUUUUUCUCUGCUGAUGGCGCUUUGUUGUAAGACCCAUGCCCCUAGCCCUCAGUUGCACUUUAAUAAAGUCAGUUUUGAAGAAAAGAUGUGUGGUAUUUCCUUCUGUUUAGUACAGGUGUGGGAAAGCUGGUGGGCCUGAGGAUUGAAUAUGGCCAUGCACAGCUCCCCAUCUGACACACACGGCUCUUUUCGGGCUCUAACCCCUGCCCCAUACAUGCCCACUACUGCUUUUGCCAGUCUGGAAAGUGUCACAUGAUGCUUUUUGCUUGUCUGGAUGGAGGGGUGGUGGUAUAAAACUUUUUGAUUUUUCUGUAGUACGGUAGCUGUGUUUGAGCCACAGGAGUUGCAUCUGUUAUUCCACCCACUUUUCCUCUAACACCAAUAUUAACACUCUGGCUGCUGGUAAUGGCUUCCCUUUAAA